CUUUGGGUGGGUUUUGGUUGGGUUUUGGGUGGUUUUUGGCUAGGUUUUGGCUUUUGCUUGGGGUCCCAACUCUUGCUUGUCCCCUGAUGGAUUUGCCUUGAGAAAAUAUUCUUUUGGGGCCCCAUUUUCCUUUCGGUUGGUCUGGGUUUGUCUUGUUUUUGGUUUUAUUUUUUCCCCUUUACUUUUUGUCUCUUUUUUUUUUGCUUUGUCUAAAUUGCGUAAAUUAUUGGCAUAUGUUGUCUUCGCAGUCCUGUCGAGGCAAUGAAACAUUUUUAACCCUUUUCCUUGUAGACAUUGCUGGCAUUGACAGGGGCGUAGGGAGCAGGGGUGUGGGGGUCCCUGGAAAAUGUCGAAUGUCGGGCCUGGCAUUUCAUUGUAUUUUAGUGGCCUUUUUCCUUGCCGCGUGUUUCCUUCGUUUUCCCUUCCAUUUCUUCUCCUUUUCCCUUGAUUCACCCUUUUUUCCCUCCCGUAUUUAGGGGGGUUUUCUCUGGUUUUCUCCCUGUUUUUUGUUGCGUCUUUCUUCUGGCUCUUCCCGACCCCCCCUUGGGUGCACGCCUCUGUCUGACUGCCAGUUGGCUGUCAUUUAUCCCCACUUCGGCUUCAGUUUCUUCUCCCCUGCCUUGGCAAUUCUUCUUCUCUCUCUCUCAGACCAACUCUCCAAUUCUCUAUCUUUCUCUCUCCCCCCCUUUUCUACCCAAUUUUCUGCGCCUCUGGGUUGCCCCUUUUUUUUAUCAUUUAUGGCCGUCGUUCUUUGGCUUUUUAUGUGCGCUAUUUUCGCGAAGUAGAACAAUAGCCAUCCAGAACCGACAGUCCCCCCUUCACAGAACCCAAAGUCCUGGCCAGGAGCCGCCAUAAGUCCGUGAAUCCUUGGCCACCUACUACUACUACAACUACAUACUACUCCAUCUUCUCUCGUGUGCCUUUGUCCUUUCGCCUGGCGCCCUCGCGCUACUUUAUUGUCUUGCCAAAAGAAAUAGACUUUUAAUAUACUUGGCCAUUCAGAGCACAAAACAUGAAGCUUCCAGGGGAAAAACUCCUCUUUUCUUUUUUUUUCAUUUUCAAACAGGAGGACGAACGGACGGACGACAAGUGUCUGGGAGUGUGGAAAUAUUAGGCGAUUUUGCCAGUUCAUUGACUUGCCACAACAAUAGUUUGAAGUUUGUCUGCCAAAAUAUGAGAGAGAGAGGCGGAGGAAAAGCAAGGAAAAACUGGGGGGGAAAAGCUGGCAUAAACUGGUAAAAAGCUGGUAAAAAGUUUUUCACUUUAAUAGUUGGACCAAUUUGAGAGUUGGCUAAAAGGCCACUGGAGAGUGGCCAUAAAAACGCAACUCCAAUUUAUUGUUUAUUUAUUUUAUAUAUAUUUUAGAGUGGCCAUUGCAAUUCAAUAAAUAUAUAAAAGUAGACCUUGAACCGAGUGUUAUUUUUUUGAUAAAUACUAAAUUCAAAAUUCCACAAAUCAAAAUUCAAAUCUGGAAAAACCAUGGCCAAUCAGAAUUUAGAAAAAUACAAGGAAAAUGACAAGAACCCUACACCAUCCAGCUCGGGUGGAUCCCCGAAUCCCAUCUCAGGACGACUCGAGGCCCACAAUCGUGGCCAGCAGGAGAAGAGCAAACAAUUGGGCAGAGUUUUUGAUAUUUUAGAGCGGGCAAAAAAUAAUUUAAGGGUCAUGGAAGAGCAUAGAUUGUCCCAAAUGGAGGGUUUAAAAAAUCUGCGAGCUCGGCUCUUUCAGGAGAAUCAGGAUCUGCGUUUAAUGCUGCCACCUAGUAGCUCCAUUUCAGCACCAAUUUUAUCCUUGCCCGGAAGCAGCAACAAGGCGGCGGUCACUGGAAAUCUUUUGACGGCCACCGCUUCUUCAACAUCAUCGUUUCCCCGCAGAAAAAUGUCCAGUAAAUCGGUGACAAUUGCCCAAAUACCAAGUCAAAGUCGUAGUUUAAUCACCAGCCAACCAGCAACUCCAAAAGCUAGUAGUUCUACGAUUGUGAGAACACCAAGUCGAAGUAGGAGUUUGAUUACCAGUCUUCCACCUUCAAGGACUAGUAGUUCACGAAGUUUACAGAGCAAGAAAAGUCAGCGAAUUUACAAGAGAAGCAAGCACAGAAUGUUGCCAGGCAACGAGGACAAUGUGUCAGCCUUUAGUGGAGAAUCUGAGAAAUCGGCCACAGCCAAAGACCUAAAGCAGCGUUUAUUAUCCAAUUUCAAGUAACCAAAAAGCAGGAAAUAGUUCUGAUAUCAAGAAAUAAAUUUAUAUGCAAGUAAAAAAUGAUAAAAGGAUUUGAUAAAUAUUUAAAUAUGGCAUUUUUUACUUUUCUUUUUAUAUAUUUUAUAAGGGAAAGACACUCAAUUGGUUUUCUAAAGACCAAAAGAGGGGAUAAAAUCUACCCCAACCCAAACCCCCUCCCUCCACUUUAACCUUACCAAAAUCUAUCAAAAUUCUAGCAUAAUAUUUACAGGGGACAGGCUUGACUCUGUCUUGUCCUUAUUUUCAGGGGAUCUUUUCCCUUAUUUCCUUUUUUUUUUUUUUUUGUGCUUUAUUCAAUUUGCUGGCAGUGAACCUUCUUGCCAUUGCCUCGUCCUGGGGGUCGUCGAGGACACACACACACACUCGACAUCCAUUUCAAAACAAAUUAGUUGCCAACUGUCCGAAACAAAUGUUGUCUAACGAGCAAAAUCGAGUUGUGACUGACUCUCUACCCCCCAGCCAACACACACAACACACACACACACAAGAGGUAUAUAGUUUAUGGCAGGAUAUAUGAUAUGUGUCCUGUUUGGAUUUUUCCUUGUGACUCUUGUCUCUUUUGUGUUUGUGUGUGGAAAGCAAAAAAACAAGAAAAUUAUAUGAAAUCAAGACCAGGAGGUAAGCAAAGCUCAGCAUUUCACUCAUAAUGCCAGCCAAGAUGAAUGUUUGCCAAAAAGGAUAUUGAUUGGACUAGGUCAAGGGGUUAGUUACUUUCCACACAGCAUAUUCUGCGAAAUGUACUUCAAAUACAACUUGCAGCAAGUCAAACACCGAAAAAGCUCAAAACUCAACUUGCAACUGAAAAUUGUAAAUAGAAAAAAAACUACUGCAACUCAACUGAAAACGGGGAAACUGAAAACUGAAAACGGAAAACUCAACUGAAAACUGAACUGAAACCGAACUAAGCCAAACCGAAAACUAAACAAGUUUCUGGCAAACCACCUGACCCCCACAUGAAGCACACACAAAUUACUUAUGUGCGAAUAGGUGGGUACAGGUAGGUAGGUACGUACCACCCACCCUACCACCCUCGGCAAUACUCUUUUUUUCUCUCUCUUUUCCGUUACACUGUUGUUGUUUGUUUUCAAGUAGGUCAUUAGAGAGGCCUUCGCCCUCACCGGCCACUUGAAUUAUUAAAUUCCCCACCAGCUCCACUUUCAGUUCCAGGAACCUAGCCUAGGCACCUCCUCAAAUAUGCAGGCUCUCCUCUAUAUAUAUAAAUAUAUAUACAUAUAUUCGUAUUCCAUAACUUACCUACAAGUGGAGAGAGUGGGAGAGAAGAAGAGAAAGAGAAAUAUUUAUUGUAAUUUUUUUUCGGUUUGCAUUCGAGGGGAACUUUGACAUUCAAGGGGCUUUAAUCAAGCACAGAGCAAAAUUAUGUGACUCUGCUCUCUUAGAGAGCAGUAAAAAAAUAGAAACUCUCCCGUUCGCUACGUCAAAGAAAAAACGAGAGAGAGUUUUUGUUUCGGUGUGCUCUGAGAGAGCCUUGCAUAUUAUAUCCCAAAAUUAAUCAAGAAUUUUUUUUGGAGAGAAACUCACUCAGAGUUUAACAAAAUAAAAACUCUCCCGUUCGCUACCUCAAAGAGAAAACGAGAGAGAAGGGUAUAAAGCUUCGAUUUUAAUACUUUAAAAAAGUAUAGAUCUCUAAAAAAUCUUAAUAAAUAUUUAUCAAUUAUAAUUUACCUAACCCUCUAAGAUCUCUACGCUUUUCAAUGAUCUCUCUUUUUUAUCUUC